GGAACCAUAUUUCUUACUACUAGUCUAGAUUUGGAUUUCAAGGGCUUUCAAAUCAACCUUGGAUCGGAAGUAGUAGAAUUUAGGGACGAGAAGAUCGACGCAGUAUGUGUGAUUGGUGAAUUACUAUAGAAUUUUUGGUUGGGAAUAAUGUACCAGUGGCGGAAAUUCGACUUCUUCGAGGAGAAGAAGACCAAAAUUCCAGAGGAGAUUGAGGCUGAAAUCGGAUGUUGCUCCAGCGGCAGAGGCAGGAUCGUUUUAGGCUGCCGCGACGGCACCGUUUCGCUCCUUGAUCGCGGCCUCCAGCUCAAUUACUCGUUCCCAGCUCACUCCGCCUCCGUUCUCUUCAUCCAGCAGCUCAAGCAACGAAACUUUGUAGUGACCGUUGGAGAAGAUGAACAAUUGCCGCCACAGAAAGCAACUGUUUGCUUGAAGGUUUUUGACCUCGAUAAAAGACAAGAAGAAGGGUCAAGUACUUCAGCUCCGGAGUGCAUUCAGAUUUUGCGAAUAUUUACCAACCAAUUUUCUGAGGCCAAGAUCACGUCUUUUCUAGUUUUUGAGGAAGCUCCUCCAAUAAUAUUUAUUGCCCUUGGAUUGGACAACGGCUGUAUUUAUUGCAUUCAAGGCGACAUUGCACGCGAACGGAUCAAGCGCUUCAAGCUUGAGGUUCAGAAUGGUCAACCUGGAAAAAUACAUUCUCCUAUUACAGGUAUUGGGUUCCGUGUGGACGGACAAGCCUUUCAACUCUUUGCUGUCACUCCGAGCACAGUGAGCUUGUUUAAAGUGGAGGCUCAAACACCUACUGCUCAAACGCUUGAUUACAUUGGUUCUGAAGCUGGUAGUGUGGCAAUGACUGAUCGCUCGGAACUGAUCAUUGGCCGGCCUGAAGCUGUCUAUUUCUAUGAAAUUGAUGGCCGAGGCCCAUGCUGGGCUUUUGAGGGAGAGAAGAAGCUUGUGGGGUGGUUUCGUGGUUAUCUCUUAUGUGUUAUUUCUGAUCAAAGGACUGGCAAAUAUACUUUCAACAUUUAUGACCUGAAAAACCGUUUGAUAGCCCAUAGUAUAGCAGUUCAAGAAGUUUCUCACAUGUUGUGUGAAUGGGGUAAUAUAUUACUUAUAAUGGCAGACAAAUCUGCUCUUCUUGUUGUGGAGAAGGACAUGGAAAGCAAGUUGGAUAUGCUUUUCAAGAAAAACCUUUACCCAGUGGCUAUUAAUCUUGUCCAGAGCCAGCAAGCUGAUGCUGUGGCUACUGCUGAAGUGCUAAGGAAGUAUGGCGAUCAUUUAUAUAGCAAACAGAAUUAUGACGAAUCUAUGGCUCAGUAUAUCCAUACCAUUGGGCAUCUAGAACCUUCGUACGUCAUACAGAAGUUUUUGGAUGCGCAGAGAAUACACAACCUAACUAAUUACUUGGAAAAGUUGCAUGAGAAGGGUCUUGCAUCCAAAGAUCACACCACUCUCUUGCUUAACUGUUAUACCAAACUGAAAGAUGUUGAGAAGUUGGAUAUAUUCAUAAAAAGUGAAGAUGGAGUUGGGGAACAUAAAUUUGAUGUGGAAACUGCCAUCAAGGUAUGUCGAGCUGCCAAUUACCAUGAACAUGCAAUGUACGUUGCCAAGAAGGCUGGGAGACAUGAGUGGUACUUGAAGAUUUUGCUUGAGGACUUGGACAGAUAUGAUGAAGCAUUGCAAUAUAUAAAUAGCCUUGAGCCAAACCAAGCAGGGUUGACUGUUAAAGAGUAUGGAAAGAUUCUCAUAGAGCAUAAGCCAAAGCAGACAGUUCAAAUAUUGAUGAGGCUUUGUACUGAAGAAGGAGAAUCUGCAAGUGGGGGUUCCUCAUCCUUUCUAUCCAUGUUACCAUCUCCUGUUGAUUUUAUCAAUAUUUUUGUGAUUCAUCCACAAUCACUUAUGGAAUUCUUGGAAAAGUACACAAAUAUAGUAAAGGAUUCUCCUGCUCAAGUUGAGAUACAUAACACCUUGUUGGAGUUAUACUUGUCUCAUGAUUUGGACUUUCCAUCUCUUGCUCAAACUGGUAGCAGAGAAAAUGGCGAACUUACAGCAGAUAGGGAAUCCAGUGCUGUUGUGAUGUCAGGAACAGAAUCAAAUGGAAAGAUACGACCUGAUGAUGCAUCCCUAGAGAGGGAUCGCCAGGAGAGACGUCAAAAGGGGCUGGUCUUGCUUAAAAAUGCAUGGCCAUCCAAGCAGGAGCAGCCACAAUAUGAUGUUGAUCUAGCAAUAAUUCUGUGCGAGAUGAACUCUGUUAAUGAAGGGCUCUUGUAUCUGUAUGAGAAGUUGAAAUUAUAUAAGGAAGUUAUUGCCUGCUAUAUGCAGGCACAUGAUCAUGAAGGUUUGAUUGCAUGCUGCAAGAGGCUGGGAGACUCAGGAAAGGGCGGUGAUACCGCUCUCUGGGCCGGCCUGUUGAAAUACUUCGGUGAACUUGGAGAGGAUUGUUCCAGAGAAGUUAAAGAAGUUUUGACUUAUGUUGAAAGGGAUGAUAUUCUGCCUCCGAUUUUUGUUCUUCAAACCUUAUCCAGAAAUCCAUGCCUUACACUUUCUGUGAUCAAGGAUUAUAUUGCUCGAAAGCUUGAGCUGGAGUCAAAGAUGAUUGAGGAGGAUCGUAUAGCUAUUGAAAAAUAUCAGGAGGAAACAUCAUCAAUGAGAAAAGAAAUCCAGGAUCUCAGAACGGAUGCAAGGAUCUUCCAGCUUAGCAAGUGCAGUGCUUGCACAUUCACACUCGACCUCCCCACGGUCCAUUUUAUGUGCAUGCACUCGUUCCACCAACGCUGUCUUGGUGACAACGAGAAAGAAUGUCCAGAAUGUGCUCCCGAGUAUAGAGCUGUUUCAGAGAUGAAGAGAAGUCUAGAGCAGAAUUCCAAAAGCCAAGAUUACUUCUUCCAGCAGGUUAGAAAUUCAAAGGAUGGUUUCUCAGUCGUUGCUGAGUAUUUUGGUAAGGGAAUCAUCAGCAAAACUAACAAAGGACCCGUUUAAGCUCCUUCCCAAGCCAAUAGUAUUCUCACGGAAACUAUUGACAGCCUCUCACACCUAUCUGCAAAUGAUCUGGUAAUCUCUGUGUCUCGUGCCAUGACUCCAUGAACAUCAUCUACCAGAAGCCACAUUUUUGCUUGAUGAUCAAUUUGGGUUUAACUUUGCAACGGCACGGCUUGCCCAGAAUUCUUUCUUCUUAGAGAGUUUAGUGCUCGAUUUGAUCCAAAACUUUUUGGUAUAUAUUGGAUAGAUGGCAUUGGGAUGUCUUCAAAAGCUUCCAUAUGUUUGUAUUUUGGUUGCUGAGCAAAGUCCUUUUUUAUCAUUGACUUUAUUGGAACAUUGUAUUUGUGAUGCAUUUUUUCUGGAUUUGUUGUGAGGAAGGUUCGUUGUUAGAGUUCUCUCUUAGAACUGAAUUAGUUCAAAAGUUUGGUUUUAGUGAAUCAAUAAGGUAAAGUUAUUGGGCCUGAUGAUGCAGCCUAUAGCUAAAGGAGCCUUUGAUUGCUUCAACCAUACAAUGACACUAUCUCUUUAGGGAUAAUGGGAACAAUUUUAUUUUCAAUACCA